AUGUUCAGCUCGUCAGACCAAACUGUUCUGUUUUUCUCUACCAAACCUACCCGAAAGCUACUCAAAUCGCUGGCUAUUUUCUGCUUUGUUCUCUACGUGAUGCACGUUUUCUCCAGCAAUCUGUGGUGCAACUCAUCUCAUAUCCUGAAUAAUUACCUGAUUGAGUACAAUCCUUCCCGGACUUCAAAUUCUCUCCCCCCGACGAACGCUUCCCACAUUGCUUUCGGGAUUGCGAGUUCGUCGGGCACGUGGCGAAACAGGAGAUAUUACGUCGAAUCGUGGUGGCGGCCCAACGUGACGCGAGGAUUUCUAUUUCUCGAUAAAACUCGCAAGGACUUUUUUCCAUGGCCGCCCGCCUUGCCGCCUCUUCAACUCUUUGAAGACACCUCUAGGUACGAAGACUACAACAAACACAAAGCCCGACAAGCCAUCCGGAUGGUGCACAUGAUUGCCGAGAUCUUCAGGGCCGAAAACCAAGGGGUGCGGUGGUACGCCUUUAUGGACGACGACACAGUCAUUUUCAUCGAUAAUUUGGUGGAUGUUCUGUCAAAAUACGAUCACCAGAAGUACUUUUACAUCGGCGCAAAUUCGGAGUCGAUUGCGUCCAACGUGUUUAACUCGUUCGAAAUGGCAUUUGGCGGAGGUGGGUAUGUGCUGAGUUACCCUCUUGUGGAGGCGUUGGUGAAUAAUUUAGAUGUGUGUAUUGAGAGGUAUCCGAGUUUGUAUGGGAGUGAUCAUGUGGUACAAUCAUGCGUUGCUGAUUUGGGAGUUUCUCUUACUCUAGAGAAAGGAUUUCAUCAGAUUGACCUACACCACGACAUAUCCGGUUUCCUAUCGUCCCACCCGCAAUCCCCUCUCCUCUCCCUCCACCACCUCGAUGCCGUCAACCCAAUCUACCCCGCCACCGACCGCUACCACUCCCUCAACCACCUCAUGAAAGCCGCGACGGCCGACUCAUCCCGACUGUUCCAACAAACCAUAUGCUACUCCAAGCAACAAAACUUGACUUUCUCCAUCUCAUGGGGCUACUCCGCUCACGCUUACGAGGGCAUUCACCCUCCAAGCAUCUUGCAGAGACCCAUCGAGACGUUUUGGCCGUGGACUAGGUUUGCGAACCCGCCGUACAUGUUUAACAUGCGGAUUCCGUCGCGGGACCCAUGUCGAAAUCCGCGUGUCUUCUUCUUUGAUUCCGUGGAGGAAGUUGCUAGUGGGGACUAUAUCGUUACGAGCUAUAAUCAAACGGAUAUGGACCGGAUACGAGCUUGUUCAAAGAGUGAGAAUUGGUUCGUGGAUUACUUGCACCAGAUCAGGGUACUAUCCCCGUUGAGGAGAUACAAUGAGGCUGGAAACAGAAGAGAAUGUUGCGACAUAGUACAAGAGGCCGGCAUGAAUGCCUCAGAGAUCAAGCUUAGGCCUUGCAUGAAAGAUGAAUUUCUGGCUUGAAACAAUCAACAUCAAUUGUGUGUCUUACUCGGUCAAUUUAGGUAGAUUUUGAUGGAAUUAUUUGAUUGAAAAAAACAAUUAGAAGUCUAAACUU